GGUAACGGGGGCGGGAGGUGAUGGGGAGGGGGGCUGGAGGGGGAGGGGGGCUGGAGGGGGAGGGGGCCUGCAGUUGCAGAGCGGGGCUCCUCUGUGAGGACCCGCGUGGCGCAGCCAGCGACCAGCUUGGCAACGCCAGUCUCGGCCAUUUUUGGGGAUCGUGAGGCUCCUGUAAAGGGCAACCACUUCACGCGGUACCAGGCAGCGUCCUUGCUGAUGGUCUUCCCGACCAUGAAGGACGCCGCCAGCUGCCGCCAGCAUGGACGACAUUAUAAGGCUUGAGCGAUGAUGACGGGGCUUGAGCGAGCGAUAAAAACGGGUUCCAAGGAGCAGAAGUUGCGCUUUGACCAGAUGACCGCAGACCGCAGAUGCAGCAUUUUGUGGUGCUGCUGGCGCUCGCGGUGGUCAUCAUCCUAGGGCUGCCGGCUAGCGCUCCGAUGUUUUUAAAUCCCCCUAAACCCCAGCAGCGCUUUGGGCAUGGUGGUCUCCGCCUUCGUCAGGAAGACGUAGUGUCAGUAAGAUGAAAUAGCAAUGGUUGAGAAGGGGCGCUUCCGCCGCGCAGCCUUGAGGGCGGAGGCCUCCAGAAGGGACGCGAGGGCCGCGCCGUCGCCCGCGGCGGUGGCGGCCGUGGCGGCGGCGGCAGUCGGAGCGGGCGCGGGCGCGGGCGCCGCAGCGGCGGCGGCAGGGGGCGAGGCCGGUGCCUCGGGCGCCCCGGCCGCGCCGCCCGUAGACGGCGCGGCGGAAGCCGUCGACGCGCCACCGUCGGAGGCGGCAGAGGAGGCGACCUCAGCGGCAGCUGGGGCCGCAGCCGGAGCCGCGGGAAGAGCCGGCGCAGCCGACACCGGUGCCGGUGCUGGUGGCGCCGCCGGCGCGGCGGCGGCGGUGGCGGCGGCGCCGCCCAGCAUGCUCUGCAGGUUGCUCAGCAUGGCGGGCGACAGCGCACCCGCGCCGCCCUGCCCACCCGCCGCCGCCAGCAGCACCGCCAGAGAGUCCAGCGACGGCGCCGCCGCCGCUGCCUCCGGCGCAGGAGCCGCCGCCGGCGCUUCCUUGGCGGCACCGUGGCUGCCGCCCAGCGCCGCCGCCAGCAUAGCCAUGGCGUCAGCGGGCAGAGCCUGUGCCGCCGUGGGCGCGGGCGCGGCGGCGGCGGCUGGCUGCACCACCUCACGGCACGGGGCGGGGCCGCGACACGACACAGGACGGAAGGAGCGUGACGGACUGGCUGACUAGGCCGAAUAAACUCAACAGCUGUCGUCGUGGUGUUGUGGCCGUCGUGUUGGGCUCCCACUGCGUGUGUGGACACAGCGGCAUGCGUGAAGUGCUUAAGCUAGCUGGUAUUGUGUUUUUGACGGCAGGCACCCGCGAGCGGCGUUUAAAGCGGAACCCACACGUCGCAUUGAGGCAGGUUCUGUGCUGGUAGGUGUAGGCGGCUUGAGUAGGAUUUGCGUACGGAUGGAGCUCUGCUGUACAACGAUAAUAGGAACCGUACCUGGUAAACCCAGGCGGUGCAGCCUGCUGUAUUUAUGUACGCGACAACAUGUGCUGGACAACAUGUGCUGGAUAAAAGCCGUGUGCGACGUGUGCCAUGCAUUUGCUGCUGUGUGCGUGCCUGAUGGGGCGGUGGUAGUAUGGGCCUGUGUGCAUAUCUGUGAGUGUCGAGCGUGAGUGAGCAUGUGGAGCGUCACAAUCGCAUUAUUGUGUUGGGACUUGGCAUGGGGCCGAGUCGGGUGCUGUGCUGGCGGGCCUUGCGUGCGGACGUCUGGGAGCUGAUGUGCAUGCAGGCAUAUGAAUGCGGGUGUUACAGAGUUGCUCAGCCAUGAUGGCUUGAACAGCGGCCGUUGCACCCAGGCAUGCAAUUACCGUGCACGGAGUGUCGGCUGAGUGGAGUGAGUGCCUGGGAGCGUCUUUCUGCUGCAACCGACAGAGUAUCUACUGGCAAGAUGCAUGCUGACCACUGUCCCGACAAAUCGAGCUAUCGACAAGGGUUCUGAAUGUACGGUUGACCAUGGUGCUGGUUGAGUGUUGACCAAUGCGGUCUUGCGGACUUGCGCUGACUGCGGUCAACAACGGGGCAAGCAGGAGCUGCAGGACUGCGCGCGACCGCAAUGCCGUCCAGCAGUACCGUCCAGCCGUUUAU